AUGGCGCUCACAUCUAUAUUAUUCAUAACGAUUUGCUCGACAUGUCUCUUCUUUCAAACUGGAGAUGCCGCCUCUGAAGGCACAGUAGUUGGUGGUGACGGGGGUAUCAAAGCAGGUCUAGAUGUUGGUAGUGGAGCAGGAAUCAAAGCAGAACUAGGUCUUGGUCGUGGAGCAGGAAUCCAAGCAGGUCUAGGUCUUGGUCGUGGAUCAGGCAUCAAAGCGGAACUAGGUCUUGGUCGUGGAGCAGGAAUCAAAGCGGGUCUAGGUCUUGGUAGUGGAGCAGGAAUCAAAGGAGGUUUAGUGAUUGGUGGUGACGGUUUACGAAAUGUACGCGAUAUUUUAUUAGCGAGACGAUUAGGUCGUUUACCGCGUGGUAUAAUCAGCUCCAAAAUAGGUGGAGGUAAAAUCCGUGGAGAAAUAGAUGGUGGUAGUGAAAGUUCAAGAACUGUUAAAAGAGAAGUAAUCAUAGAUCCAGGUCAAGAAGAUGUUAAAGAAACAACGCAACGCAAAAAAAUUGUCAAAACAAGAGAGAUUAAAGAAGUUCCGGUUGAAGAUGAAUCUUCCACAGUAACACGCAAAAGGACAAACACGAAAACUACUAUUGAUGAUGAUAGUGACAGUGACAGUGCUUCAAGUUCUGAGACAAAGAAAACUGUGAAAAGAUCUGUUGUAUCUAGUGGCGAUUUUGGUGACGAGUCUUCCUGA